AUGAGGACCGCUGUUGUUUUGUCUCUGUUCGCCGUGGCGACGUCACACGCGCAUUCAUCCCAUCUCCUCCAGCAUCGUAACUCUAGUCGCUAUGACCACAUUACGACGAGCAGCGGCAAUGUGACUGGCCACCUUGCAUCUAAUACAACAGACAUCGUCUACGAGUAUCUCGGCAUAAGAUAUGCGAAGGCACCUGUUGGCGAUCUACGAUUUGCAGCGCCAGAGCCAUAUGUUGCCCCCAACAGCACGCUCAAUGCAACAUCCUGGUUUCCACAUUGUCCUUUCAAUUUGCCGCCUGUGACACAGUUCAACCGUUUCGACCCCAACGGCUUCGAAGUCUAUAACACUUUCACAGCACACAGUCCAUGGCAAGCAGACCAGGCAGAAGAUUGCCUGGCACUUAACGUGUGGACGAAAGCCGAGCCUGGAGAGGAACGUGGCGAUCGACCUGUCUUCAUCUUCUUCCAUGGAGGACGUUUCCAGAUCCCAGGGCCACAUAGCCCGUUCUAUGUCGGUAAAUACUUUGCUGGAGACCAGGACGUGGUUGUGGUGACGGUUUCCUAUCGCCUGGGCAUGUUCGGCUUCAGUGGUGCGCCAGGCGUUGAGCAAAACGCGGCACUCAGGGAUCAACGAUUAGCAGUUGAGUGGGUGCAAGGCAAUAUCGCCGGUUUUGGUGGAGACUCAGGACGGAUCAUCAUUCAAGGCCAGAGCGUUAGUGGCUUCUCUACUGAUGCCUACCUCUAUGCAUAUCCAGAGGAUCCUAUUGUGGCAGGCGCUAUCGCUCAAUCUGGAACCGUCUUCAGCUUCUUGCCGAACACGCCAGAGUAUUCUCGCAGCUUAUACUACAAUGUCUCGGGCACACUUGGCUGCGGCAAUGCAUCCACACCUGAGGUUGACACUCUGGCUUGCUUGCGCUCCAAGAACGUCUCACAGAUCUUGAACGCUGCUCGCAUAGUGCCUGCACUUCCAUCACAAGCUCUAGCGCAGUCGGCAUUCCACCCAACUGUGGACAACAAAACUGUCUGGGCGGACUGGUUGGAACGCUCGAGAGCUGGAAAGUUUGCUCGGGUACCAUACUUGACUGGCAAUAACGACUACGAAUCCGGCUUCUAUAGGGUGUCUGCAUUUGCAGUGAACAAAACACUCAGUCCAGAGUCAUGGGUGCUCUUCACAGAGCGAGGCUUCACAUGUCCAGCUAAGUACUCGACAGAUCUUCGCAAGCAAUUCGACGUUCCAACGUGGCGAUAUCGAUAUAUGGGCGACUAUCCAAACCUGCGCUUGUUCGAGCCAUUUGAUGGCUAUCCUGACAGUGGAGCGUACCAUGGAUCAGAGCUGACGCUGCUCUUUGGCACUACGUACGACGUUACUGGUUCUGACAGCCCACCAGAGCAACAGGCUGCCGCCAAAUACAUUCGACAGGCUUGGGCAGCCUUCGGUAGGGAUCCUGAGCGAGGACUGACAGGAUUUGGUUGGCCAGAGUAUAAUUCAAGCAGCGAAAGUCUUGUCAGGCUGUCGUACAACAACACUCCUGGACUUGAUCUGGCGUAUCCGGUUGUGUAUGAUGCAGAUUGUCCACCUAUAGAGCAGAAUGACCCUCUACCUGGCCGGGGAGGGUUCUGA